GGCAGAUAUCCACACAGCCUGCAGGCUCUGUAUGUGGGGAUCUGAAGUCAGAGGCAUCCAGUGUGAUUUAGAUACCAGAUGGUGCUGGGGAUUUCUGACUGGGAAUAGUUUGGGUCUUCUUGGGUCGACUUGAACCUGCCUGUCGAGUUCUUCUGUGUUCCUGGGUCCUGCAAAGUGCGGCAGGAAUGGGGGUCAGAGGAGAGCUAUGCUAAUGUGACAGGUUGGCUGAUGGUCCUUCCCUCCCGCAGCAGAAGCCACUGGGGAUAGUAGCCAUGUCACUGUGUUCUUUGGCCUUCACCCUCUUCUUGACUGUUGUCGCUGGUAUCAAGUGCAAUGUGACAGACGUUUGUGCUGGAAGCCCUGGGAUCCCUGGAGCUCCUGGAAACCAUGGUCUGCCUGGCAGAGACGGGAGAGACGGUGUCAAAGGAGACCCUGGACCUCCAGGUCCCAUGGGCCCUCCUGGAGGAAUGCCAGGUCUUCCUGGACGCGAUGGGCUGCCCGGAGCCCCUGGUGCACCUGGAGAACGUGGAGACAAGGGAGAGCCUGGAGAAAGGGGCCUGCCAGGAUUUCCAGCUUACCUGGAUGAGGAGCUCCAGACUGAACUCUAUGAGAUCAAACAUCAGAUUCUGCAAACAAUGGGAGUCCUCAGCUUGCAAGGAUCCAUGCUGUCAGUGGGGGAUAAAGUCUUUUCCACCAAUGGGCAGUCAGUCAACUUUGAUACCAUUAAAGAGAUGUGUACCAGAGCAGGAGGCAACAUUGCUGUCCCGAGGACUCCUGAGGAGAACGAGGCCAUUGCAAGUAUUGCGAAGAAGUACAACAACUAUGUCUACUUGGGCAUGAUUGAAGACCAGACUCCUGGAGACUUCCACUACCUGGAUGGGGCUUCUGUGAACUACACCAACUGGUACCCAGGAGAACCCAGGGGUCAGGGCAAAGAAAAGUGUGUAGAAAUGUAUACAGAUGGGACAUGGAAUGAUAGGGGCUGCCUGCAGUACCGGCUGGCUGUUUGUGAAUUUUGAUCAAGCAAUUAGACGAAAAGAUGAACCCUCACACUGCCUCUAUCCUGAUGAUUCAUCUGGUCUGUAAAACCCUGCAACUACCUUUCAAGCAAAUUUACUUGUGGCCUUCAGAAUUAGAAGCAUCUUUUGUCACCCCGCUCCCACAUAGUUCCCAAACACUUCUCCAUAUUCAUUAGCAAUCCUGAGUGUUUCCCUAGAGUCCCAUCUGAGCGUUCAUUCAAGGUAGCCAUUGUAAACCUUGGCCUUGACCAUGAGAUGGAUAGAUACUUCCUUUUUCCUCACUUUAUCCAGUCUUCAUUUAUAAAUGGUGGCCAUGAAGACCCAGCAUGGAAGGACCCUCUAAACUAAGUGCUGCCCUCUGACCUUUCCACCCUUCUGUAGCUCGGUGUCCCAGGAUUUAGAAGUCCAGGUUAAACAUAGGGGAUUUCUGGGAAAGCCUAGUAUGUGGGUGCAGGCCACAUUCAGUGCCAUCUGUAUCCAUGGCUUUCAAGGCAAACAUUGUCUCUAAGAAGCCAGAGAACCAGGUAGGACCAGGUAGUACUGGGGGAACAUAAACUCACUGGUUGGCAUGUAUGGCUCCCUCCUUGGGUCUGGAGGUGCCAUCUUGACCUCUUGAACUAACAGCAGCCACCCUGGGUUUUGAGAGAACGACUUUCCCAGCCCAGACCCCAACUCAAGUAAUUUCCUGCUAACAGACACAGCCUCAGUUCACUUUACAUCACUGAGGCAUUCAUGAUACGAACUGCAAUCUGUUUUCUCCUCUCGUGAGUUCAAUCAGCUAUUCCAUUAAAGUCAACUGCAUUCCA